AUGGGUAUUAACGAUUGCUAUAAAAUAUGUCAUCAUUUAAUAGACAGAGCUUAUAAGCGUACGAAAGAAAAAUUUUAUCGAUCAAAAUGUAAAAUUUACAUUGACGGCUUGAGCGUGUGGUUUCUCGGUUACUUAGACGACUUGCCUAAUAGAGCAAACGCUCACACUAAAUUCAAUGCAAUAAUGUCUAUGAUAAGAAAAAAAAAUAAUUUUACAGUCAUCUCGACAAUUAUGUACUUUCACGGAAAUCCUCCCGCCCUUAAAGAUAAGCCUGUGUCGAAACAUGUCUCCACAAAAGAACUUCUCAUAUGGUGUAAUGAACUUUUACGGAGAGAAUCAGUUAAUGAAAUUUCUUUUCUGGAUAGCGGUGAAGCAGAAUCCGAGUGUUUUUUCGAACGAGAUGAAGGAUAUGCUUCCAUUAUUGUAACAAACGACUCUGACAUUUUGCCUAUUUGUUACAAGUAUCAACCUCAGUCUCCCGACGAUUUAGUUUUCUGCUUCUUAACCCGCAAAAGAAUCUUUUACAAUACAAAUUUUCUGACUACCAAACUGAAUAAAAAUGCAUUUACGUUGUUAUUAAAUUUGCAUGGAAGUCUGGAAUUAAUUGAACCGCUUUUUACUUUUACGAUGACUAAAUUAAUGUUUGAUAUUUUAGAGUACGACGUUCCGAUCUUUAGCAAAGUUUUUCAGCGUAUCAAUUUUUUUAUGGAAGAAUUAAAUGAAGACAAUAUUGAAUUAUGUAUCGCGUAUUUUAUUUGGCUGUUGGUUCAAGCUAAAAUUGUCGGAUACGGCAAUUUUUCAUGGCCCACCAAGGAGAGUAAAAUUGUAACGCUAAAUUAUAUUCAAGUUCUUGAAUGGUUGAUAAUGUAUUCAAAUCAAGGUAAAAAUGUCGAGAAUUAUGAUAAAAAUUUUCGAGUUGAAACUUCUGUGCGUGCUUUUUAUUAUAUUUUACGGAUUUGUGAAAAUGUUUUUACUGAGUUAAAAAAUGUUGAGAUUGAAAAUUUUAAACAGCUUGAAAAUAUUGUAAAAGAAAUAUCUGUUGAUAGUAUUAUUUUUGAUUGA